CCUAGGUAAUGCCAUAUUGUAGUUUAUUUUUUAAGUAACUUUUCCGGUCACUGGGUGAAUGCUGCUGUUGUUUGUGAGAGAAAUCAGAGAUCUUCCCACCCAUUCAGAGAUGAUUGCUGUCAGCUCUCUGCACUUCUCAGUCUACUAACUAGUAGACAGGGAGGAGGAGGAGGAGAGCAGUGGUCAUGGACCCUGUGUUACGGACUCUGGAGCUGCUGGGUGUGUUUUUCUCGCUGACCGCCUGCUUGUGUUCGCUGGUCACCCUCAUGGUGCCGCAAUGGCUCACACUUUCCACCGAGCUCCUGCCCACCGAGAGCUUCCAGCUGGGAUUGUGGGAAACCUGCGUGGUUCAGGAUCUGGGGAUGACCGAGUGCAUGCCAUACAACACUCUUCUGGGUCUCCCACCGGACAUCCGGCUGGCACGAAUCCUGAUGUGCACCACUGUGGCGACGGGUUUGAUCGGCGGGUUAUUCGCCAUCCCGGGCAUCAACCUGGUGAACAGCUGCAGAUGCACGGAGAGCGUCAAAGCCAGAAGGACCUUGAAGAUGCUCGGCGGGAUCUUCUGCAUCGUCGCUGGUGUCCUCGGUCUCGUGCCGGUCUCGUAUGUGGCACAUCUGACGGUUCUCCGGUUCUUCGACGAAAGCGUGCCAAGCGUGGUUCCUCGGUGGGAGUUCGGAGAUGCGCUUUUCCUCGGAUGGACGGCUGGGGUUUUGCAUUUGGUGGCUGGUUUCUUAUUGGUCACUUCUUGUUUGUUUAUGCAAGACGAAACGUGUUCGCUAGACCAAUCCUUAGCGCUGCACAGAGCUCAGAUGACGCGUCCAGAACGCUCUCCACACGGGAGAACAGAAUAUGUGUGA